ACCUUGAGGGGAAGGGUGCCAUUUGUUUCAGGUAGGAAACUGUCUUAGGCAGGGGGAUGAGCGCCGACUCUGAAAACAGACAAGCCCUGGAGAGUCCUUUUGCCAUCCGAAGUCUAUACUCUGAGAGAAACACGGAAGUUCCCUCAGGCUGGCUGUAUGGAGAAACGUCCAGGCUAGCAAAGGACUGGCACACGCCCUGCCUCGAUAACGGAAAGGGACGCCGAGGACUUUAUCUUAGUGUGGAGGAUAACGAGGGUUGGGCGGAGGUGUAAGAGGAGGAGAAAAAGAAGAGGAGGGUGGCUGUCUGAAGGAGGAGAGACGCUGACUCCGGCAGAAACGGCACCCAGGGGGGUACCUCCCUUCAGGUCGUCGUGGAGUCCAAAGCCCAGCCAUGGCGAGCUCCAAGCGGCAGAGAAACUCCAAGAACGCCUCAGGAGAAAUCCAUGUGGACAGCAAGAACGUGUUGAAUGUCAAAGAUGGACAGCAACACCUCACAGAAACAGAUGCCAUUGAUGGAAGAAGCAUCCAGCUUUUUGAUCCAGCAGUGGAGUAUAAAAUGAACCACAAGAGGAGAGGACUUGCUUUAAUCUUCAAUCAUGAACAUUUUUUCUGGCACUUAACGUUACCAGAGAGACGUGGCACCCUUGCUGACAGGGAUAACCUGAAACACAGCUUGAUGGAGCUUGGAUUCGAAGUGAAGUGCUUUGAUGACCUUAAAGCAGAAGAAGUCUUGCAAAACAUUUACAAUGUGUCCACAGACCAACAUGACGAUGCAGACUGCUUUAUGUGCAUUUUCUUGAGUCAUGGAGAAGAUGAUCAUGUCUAUGCCUAUGAUGCUAAAAUAAAGAUACAAACAUUGACCAACAUGUUCAGAGGAGACAAAUGCCCAAGCCUUGUAGGAAAGCCAAAAAUAUUUAUAAUUCAGGCAUGCAGAGGCAAUAAACAUGAUGACCCAGUCCUCACUCGUGACACAGUGGAUAGCAAAACAGAAAUCAAUGAAACUCAAGUGGAUGCCGCUGCAGUAUAUACACUGCCUGCUGGUGCAGACUUCCUCAUGUGUUACUCAGUCGCAGAAGGGUUCUAUUCUCAUCGCGAGACUGUGAAUGGUUCUUGGUACAUUCAAGAUCUGUGUGAGAUGAUAAGGAAGCAUGGUUCUUCCCUGGAGUUCACAGAGCUACUGACGCUGGUUAACAGGAAGGUGUCUCACCGCAAAGUGGAUGUGUGCAGAGAUAUUAAUGCUUUAGGAAAAAAGCAGAUUCCUUGCUUUGCAUCAAUGUUGACUAAGAAGUUGCAUUUCCACCCAAAAUCUCAGUAGCAUUAUGGUGUAGUAAGAGGAAUUCUCAAACCACACACAAUCUUGGCAUACAGAUAAUAGAUGUAGGUUGCAAUCUUGUACCCACUUACCUGGAAGUAAUCCUCAUUGAACUCUAUGGGGUUUACUUCUGAGUAGCUGGUAUAUGGGGAUUAUAAAGUGUUCAGUUAGUAUGCACUAUUUAAGUUUGCCUAAAAAGUCACACCACCACUCACUUUCUUUGAACAGCUAAGACUUUUACAAAAAUUACAAAGAAGAAACGACGUCAGACCCAUGUGGUCAAAUUACAAGAAGGGAUUAUUUUCUAAGUGAUUGUAAAUAUUGAAAGACAAGUUUCAAAAUUUGAAAGAGUUUUAACUUGUCAACAUAUGGCAAAUAGAAAAUCAAAAUAAAGUUUUGUAUUAAAAUUUAUUUCAAAUCCCUAUUUCGGGACUUUGAUGCACUGCAUUCAAAACUGGAUUAGAAAUCAACAUCUAGCUAGCCUCAGGGAGUUUUGGAAAAUAAACCACAUUUUAUGUUACAUUUGAGCAAUAAAUAAGCAGUUAACCAAA